AUGUCUCACAUAGCAGUCGAGAGAAACAGGAGAAGGCAGAUGAACCAGCAUCUCAAAGUUCUACGCUCUCUGACCCCUUCUUUCUACAUCAAAAGGGGAGACCAAGCAUCGAUAAUAGGAGGUGUAGUAGAAUUCAUAAAGGAGCUGCACCAAGUUCUGCAGUCUUUGGAAUCAAAGAAACAAAGGAGGAAUAAGAGUAUAAGCCCCAGCCCCUCUCCUAGCCCUAGGGCUCCGCCCUUGCAGCUAAUUCCCCCACCACCUCCUUCUCCUCAUAUUCCUCAUCCAAUGUUCAUUGAUCACACUCCCUCCUUUGGAUUAUUUGAAAAUAAUAGUGAUCACAACAACAACAAUAGUAGCGGUGGUAGUAAUAAUAAUGUGACAGAAUUAGGGGCAUGCUGCAACUCUCCGGUUGCUGAUGUCGAAGCAAAGAUCUCGGGAUCGAACGUUGUCCUCCGAACGAUUUCCCGGAGAAUCCCCGGUCAAAUUGUGAAGAUAAUCAGUGUGCUGGAGAAGCUUUCCUUUGAGGUCCUUCAUCUCAACAUUAGUAGCAUGGAUGAUACCGUUCUAUACUCUUUUAUCAUCAAGAUUGGUCUUGAAUGUCCAGUAAGUGUGGAGGAGCUAGCACUUGAAGUCCAACAAAGCUUUUGCUCUGAGGGUGUACUUGAAGUCCAACAAAGCUUUUGCUCUGAGCCUGCUCAUGUCAAUCACAUGAUGGAUCUCAAGGAUAGCAAUGUGAAUGUCGGAGGAAGUAGCAACGAGGGGGCUUCCCACGAGGACGACAUUGAUUCUACAUCAUUGCUUCGUGGUUUAGCCCAGCAAUAUGCAGCCAAGUUUGUUGAGUUGUCUCUCUUCGCCCCAUAUAUGGUUCCAGAUGAGUCCAAGAAGGCGUGGAGGUUCGAGAAGGGCCUGAGACAAGGGAUCUAUGAGCAGGUGGUGGCAUUUCAUGUGCAUAAUUUCUCAAAGUUGGUGGAUAAAGCCACUGUAGUGGAGACGAGUUUGCUGAGAAGUGCAGAGAUUCUAAAUUAG